CGAGUUGUGAUACUGGCGCUGUCACGCAGUUCACUAAUGGCUGUCUAUUCAGUGGGAUACAACCGAUCUUGCCUAGACCCAAAAUAUGAAUACAUUCGCACUUUACAGAGGAGUAUUUUCCUGUUGCACCCAAUACAAGGUAUCCCACCUUGUUCUCAUAAUACAGGGUCAGUGAUUUGCCGGUACACAUAGCUGAUGCUAAAAGCAUAGUCUUUCUCCAAUCUGGACAACGAAACAACGCAGCAUGGACUGUCAGGAUGAAGCAGAUCUUAGCAGGCCAUCUACAUGUGCAAAACAGGCCGCACACAAGCAUCUGGAGAUUUAUUUUUCAAUCGCAACGAAGGCAAGGUUUUCUCGCCAUGUUCAUGAUCCAGUGUCGGCGAUUUUCCGGUACACCAAAGUAUAGCUGAUGCUGUAAGCAUCGUCUUUCUCAAUUCUGGACCACGACACAACACAGUAUGGGUGCAAAAAAACGGGCUUCUGUCAGGAAGGGGGACAUUCAGGAUGGAGCAGGUCCUAGCAGGCCAAAAAGAGCAACACCAGCAGAAUCCUGUAUAAAGGACAAAACUCUGUCCAUAGUCGCUAGGAAACUUGGUCGUGAAUGGGUAACACUGGCAGUUGAGGAGCUGGGCUUUACCAUGACAGAGGUUGGGACUAUCGAGGCAAAUCAUCCAAAGGAUACCACAAGGCGAGGUCUCGAUAUGCUUACAAAAUGGAAACAGGCCCAGCUCAUCGGUUUUGAACAGCAGAUUAUCACGUUGCGCACAGCGUUGGAGAACAUCGGAAGAGCAGAUAUUCUUCGCGAAUCCUGUAUAAAUGACAAAACUCUGUCCAUAGUCGCUAGGAAACUUGGUUGUGAAUGGGUAACACUGGCAGUUGAGGAGCUGGACUUUACCAUGACAGAGGUUGAGACUAUCGAGACAAAUCGCCCAAAGGAUAUCAUAAGGCAAGGUCUCGAUAUGCUUACAAAAUGGAAACAUGCCCAACCCACCGGUUUUGAACAGCAGAUUAGCACAUUGCGCACAGCAUUGAAGAACAUCGGAAGAGCAGAUAUUCUUCUCGCGUUUCCAACAGUGGCAAUACAGACGAACGCAAUAUGGACGAAGACCGCUCGCGCUGCCGGUCACUGGGAUGGAGCACGUCAUCAAGUCUCGGCUGUCCUAGAAUCAUUUGACGGAGUGCUUGACCAAGUAAACAGUGGGUCUGUGAUAUUUGUUGUUCGCAUCAUGAGUCGGGAGGGUCUGGACAGACUCUGGAGGAUGUACAACACUGGAGAACUCGCCAAGAAACUGACAGAGAUUCUCAGCACGGAUGAACGGACUAUCCGGUCGACUAUACAGGAAAGCAAUUACAAUCAGGCCUGCGGAUUCUUUGAUGAAUUGGAAAAAACCCAGAGGCAAGAAUAUCCAACAUUGCCAAUAGAGACGGACGCAUCAUGGAAUGGGACGGAGACCGCUGGGGCUACUGCUCAUCCCAGGAUGGACACGGCCGACUCAUGUGAUUGGGAGGGACAGGAUUAUACACGUCAUCAAGUCUCAGCUGUCCUAGAAUCAUGUGACGGAGUGCUUGAACAAGGAAACCCUGGGUCUGAGACAUUUGUUGUUCGUAUCAUGAGUCGGGAGGGUCUGGACAGACUCUGGAGGAUGUACACCACUGGAGAACUCGCCAAGAAACUGACAGAGAUUCUCAGCACGGAUGAACGGACUAUCCAGUCGACUAUACCGGAAAGCAAUUACAAUCAGGCCUGCAGAUUCUUUGAUGAUUUGGAAAAAUUCCAGCGGAAAGAUGAAGAGGACUCAAUCGGCAUGAUGGAUGAAGAGCACAAAGAACUUGGUGAGAGCAGCCCAGCAGCGACGGCUUCUAGUAGCGAUCCAGCUGAACACUCUGUAGAGAGAUCGGCCGAAACAAAUGAGAGAUUGCAUACGACCACAGAUGGAGAGGAUUCGAGCAGCAUGAUGGAAGUAGAGCAUAAACAACUUAGAAGAAGCAGCCCAGCAACGACGAGUUAUAGUAGUGAUCCAGCUGAACACUCUGAAGCGAGAUGGACAAACAGAGAGGAGAUAUUGCAUACGAUCACAGAUGAAGAGGACUCAAGUAGCAUGAUGGAGGUAGAACACAAACAACUAGGAGAAAGCAGCACAUCAAUGACUGCUUCUAGUAGCGAUCGAGAUGAGCUCGCUGAAGAGAGAUUGGCCGAAAAAAUGAAGAGAUUGCAUACGACCACAGAACCAUGUUUAGAUGAAAAAUCUCUGUUCAGGGUCGCUAUGAUGCUUGCUUGUGAAUGGGUAACACUGGCAGUUGAGGAGCUGGACUUUACCAUAACAGAGGUUGAGACUAUCGAGACAAAUCACCCAAAGGAUACCAUGAGGCAAGGUCUCGAUAUGCUUACAAAAUGGAAACAGGCCCAGUCCACCAGUGUUGAACAGCAGAUCACCAAGUUGUGUACAGCAUUGAAGAGCAUCGGAAGAGCAGACAUUGCCGGAUUUCUGCACGGUCCUGAUCAUCUGAAGAUUUGCCAGCAGCUGCUUUUUAGUUUCUACGAAGAACAUACAGGCUUCAUCCAAGAAAUCGUAACGUCUUCCAGGUCACUGGCGUUGGGUGUUAAUGAGUUCAAUAUUGAUUUAAAUCUCCUUCAGAGUGGUCAGCAAACAACACGUGAAGACGUGAAAAUGUAUGGGAAAACUACGAUUUUGAAUAGACCCAAAACAGAGCAACUGGACACAUGGGAGGAUAUGUAUGAUGAAAAGAAGGUAGGGGAGAAAAUGGUUCUUCUUUCAGGUGGGGCUGGAUUCGGCAAAUCGACUCUAUGUGUGACGAUAGCGAAUACUUGGAAGAAACGUAAAGAGUCAAAAGUUGCCAAAUUACGUAAAGGGUCAAAAGUCGCCAAAUUACGUAAAGUGUCAAAAGUUGCCAAAUUACGUAAAGGGUCAAACGUUGCCAAAUUCGAGCUCCUGUUCUUGUUGAAGUUGAGUCAAUUCAAGACAAGUUGUGUCAUAGAUGAAAUUUUUGAUCAGUUGUUGCAGCGCACUGACAAACUGACCAAGUCAGAUGUGAAAAAGGUUAUCAGUGACAACGAAGAUAAGGUCGCAUUCUUGAUGGAUGGGUUGGAUGAAAUACCGAGCCACAUUUUACAAUCUACCGAGGGUGUAUAUACAAUCAAUGAUUUGUUGACAAACAAGGUAUUGAUCAAAAGCUGUGUGUUGGUGACAACACGGCCAGACAUGGUCGACGAUGUAAUUCAGGGCUUCCAAGGCUAUGCCAGGGUUGAAACGAAGGGCUUUACAGUCGAUAACAGAGAUAAGUUUAUCAAAGCACACUUUCCAGACAAUAUCGCAUCCGGAGAAGACUUAAUUUCGUGGUUGAAAUCACACCACUCUCUCCAGGAAUUGUCACUGAGUCCAAUCAUUGCAUGUAUGCUAUGUGUGCUUUGGCCGAACAGACCUGACCCAUCAUUACCAUUGCCAGACAAGUUAACAACUGUGUACACUGAAUUUGCAGAAGUUCUUGUUGAACGCCGCUUUAACUCACUCAGUGAUGCUGAUAAGCAGCAAGUAAUGAACAAAAUCUUGAAGGGAUCGGGACAAGUUGCUAUAGAUGGGCUUCUAGAUGGAGAAAGACUUCAUUUCUCCCCAGAAGAGUUCAGUAGGGACGAAUCUGUCUUGAAGGACGGUUGUCAAAUGGGUAUCUUGCAGAGAGAAACUGUCUCGAGCCGUGUGACGAGUGUUGAAGUUGUCACUUUUCUUCAUAAGUCCCACCUAGAAUACUGCGCGGCACACUACCUUAUCAGUUUGCUAAAUAGUGAUGAACAGAGCUUCCGUCGAUAUAUUGAUAAAAUCAUAGCACUCGGUGUUUCGAAAGUAGAAUAUGUGCUUCGAUUUUGCUGCGGUUUAUCAAAACAGGCUGCUGCCCUCAUCCUGAGCCGUGUAGGACACGGUGACGACAAUGUUGCACGAUUGUGUUUGUUUGAGUCUGGUUCAAAAAGGCUAGCAUCUAAACUAUGGCCUCCAAGUAGAAUUUCCUGCUACGGCCAACAGGACUUAGUAGCACUGCACUAUUACCUUACAGAGUCUGGUAUUAAACUAAACUGGACAACCUUCAGAAUCGAGUGCAAUUCAUGUGCCGACCUGCGAGUUCUUGGAGAUAUUUUUCGAUGUUGCAAAAGUGACAUUCGGAGUAUGACCAUCGAUUGUGUCCUGCGGGAUCAAUCUAAUGAGAUGUUGCGGCUACUUGUGGAAACACUUCAAGCAGCGGAUAGGGCAUUGCUAAACAAGAAAUUGUUAGGUAUUGAGGUUGGUAUUCGUGAUGGUGAAAAUGUUGAUGCUAACCGUCUAGCAGAGUGCAUUUCCCAUUUACCAAAUCAAUUAUGGACGGUCCAUGUAUCCUACAUAUCGCAUGAUGACACCUGCGCAUUAGCGGAUGCACUGAAAGGAUGUAAGUUACACGGUUUACAUGUAUCUCGCGUCAACAUGCACAGUCACGUUGCUAGAUUGGGUCCUCUUGUUACACCAUCCUUGAGGACCUUGGAGUUAAGUUUCUGUGGACUGGAUGAUACUGACGUUGAGGGCGUUGUCAGCCUCCUCCCUAACGGGCAUGGUUUGACCGGAAUUUUUCUUGAUAAAAAUGCAUUCAGUUUGAAGGCAGUGAAGACACUAGCAGGUCAUUUUCGGGCUCUUUCUAACCUGACCUGUUUGGUAUUUGGAGUCUUUGAUGAUGAUGUCGAGCAAGUAUUGGAGCAAUAUCUUCCACAACUGAAACACAAUUCUGAAAAAAGUAUGGAGGGUAAUUUUGUCUGCAACUCAUAUCAGAAGGUACAACAGCUCAAACAAAAUCUUGGCGGGGCUGAUCUGUCCGAAGGGAUAUAUAUACACUACACCAUGUCGGAGCGCUGGAGAGAAGAGCUAGAGCUGCUUGAGGAAACAUUCGGAUCAUUAGACGAACGGCUCCUCGGUCAAAUGGAGCUCAUAUUAACGGUUUUUGUUCUGAGUGUCGUUGAUAUCGAGUGGCUUGCAGGAUGCAUGAGCCAUCGUUACACUCAUGUUGAGAGGUUAAGCCUCCGGGUGUUUUCCCUAUCACCAUCAUAUGUCACUGGCCUACUAAAUGCACUGACUGAGGGAUGCAAUUUAAGCAGACUUGAAGUAUUUGGAACCAACAUGCAUGGUCAUGUGAGGGAUUUGGCUUCACUUGUUACUCCAUCCUUGGAGCGUAUGACAUUAAAAGACUGUGGCCUUGAUGAUGAUGACAUGACAGGCUUGACUCGCAUACUUUCUGCUGCGCAGUAUUUGGUAUCACUGGAUGUUUCACGCAACAGUUUCAGUUUGAGAGCAGUGAAGGCUCUUACUAUCUAUCUCCAAGGUUUUCAAUACCUGCACGAUUUGGAGCUUGGGAACAACGAUCUCGAUUGCAAUCUUGUAAAACGGGUUGUUAAAGAAAAUCUUCCAAAUGUCAAGAUACCAGUGAUGUAGUGCCUUGAUGCUGGGCCCUGGCCUUAAGGCUGCCUUAAGGCUGGACCUUAGGGCCUUGG